AUGAGUAAAUUACCUCCACCACCAGUUCAAUCAUCACCACAAGGAUUUCAAUUACCAUCAUUACACAGUGUACAAUUAAAACCAGUUAGACCACCACCUCAACCAACACAACAACAAUUAGCAUCAAAUACCUCACCAAGAGAGGUAGGAACAUCACUAUCACCACAAUCACCAUCGAAUAAUAUUAAUCCAUCAUCAUCAUCGUCAUCACCAUCAUCGUCAAUUAGACAAUCACCAUCAUCAUCACCAAAUGUAGCAAGAAAAGUACCACCAACACCAACUAAUAAUAAUGGUGGACCACCAACAACAACAACAACAACAACGACAACAAUGCCACCACCACCAGCAUUUAUAAAGAAACUUUCACCAUCAUCAUCACCAAUUUUACCAAAACGAAUUGUAUCAUCACCACCUUUAAAUGGAAAUACGGCACCACCACCUCCACCAAUUGUACAUUUACCACCACCACCACCAACCAAUUUACCACCACCACCAACAUUGUCACCAUCUUCAUCAACAACAACUUCACCAUCAUCAUCUUCAUUAAAUCUAAGUGGUGGUGUUCCAUUACCUCCAAGAAUAUUACGAAAUAGUGAUGGAAGUGCUAAUAAUAAUAAUAAUAGUAAUAACAAUAGUAAUAAUAAUAUAAAUAGUUUAAACUUAAGUACUAGCGGAGGCAUACCGCCACCUCCAUCUUUUUUUAAUAAUAACAAUAAUAAUAAUAACAACAGUGGAUCAUUUGUUAAUAGUGCAUCAUCAAAUGGCUCACCAAGUUUACAAUCACAAAAUUCAGUAGGAUAUUUUAAACCACCACCACCACCAGUACCAACAAGAUCAGCAUCAUUAGAUCCAAAACAAAUGGGUCAAUUUAUAAAACCUCAACAAAAUCAAAAUAAUUCAAAUAAUAUAAAUAAUAUAAACAAUAAUAAUAAUAAUAUAAUACUACCACCACCACCAAAUAUAAAUAUAAAUAAUAAUAAUUUUGUUCCAUAUAUACCAUCAAACAACAACCAACAACAAUCAACAACACCACCACCAAUUGUAUCGAUAUCACCAUUAAAACGUAAUAGUAUAGAUAAUUCAGUUGUAAAUAAAAGGUUAUCACAAGAUUUAAAUACAAUGUUAGUUAAUCGUUUACAACAUGGUUUAUCACCACCAGUUGCAACACCAUUUUUUGAUGAUAAAAUUUUAGGAUCAGCUUCAAAGUCUGCAGAGUUAAAAGAGAAACGUGAUCAAGAAGAACGUGAACGUAGAGAACGUGAACGUAUUAAAAAGGAGAAAGAAGAUUCAGAAAAGAAAGAGAAAAAAGAGAAAAAAGGUAAAGAAGAACAAGAGAAAAAAGAUAAAAAGAAAAAAGAAGAACAAGAGAAAAAAGAUAAAAAAAAGAAAGAAGAGGAAGAAAAGAAAUCAAAAUCAUCAUCAUCAUCAUCAUCAUCAUCAAAGAAAUCAUCAUCCGAUAACACAAUUGUAAAUCAAAAUAUUUUUAAUAAUACAUUAUCACAAAUUAUGGAGAAUCAAAGAGAUGCUCAAUCUUUAUCACCAUCAUCAUUACCUUAUCCAUUGAUACUUAAAUUGUUGACAGAGAGUAUUAUGAGCUUAAAUGGUCCCUAUACAGAGGGUAUUUUCCGUAUAACUGGUAGUGGUACAGAGGUGAAUAGAUUAAAGAAACAAAUUAAUGAACAUGAUUUCUCAUUGGAUACUCAGGAUCCUCAUGUAUUGGCUGGUCUUUUGAAACUUUGGCUUAGAGAAUUGGUUCAUCCAAUCAUUCCAUCCGAACUCUAUAAUGAUGCCAUUAAAAGUCGUUCCAAAGAGGAGGUCUCACGUAUCAUCUCAUUGAUCCCAGAUCAAAAUAAAGAGGUACUCAAUUUCUUAAUACCUUUCUUAAAGAAUGUCUCUCAACCUCAUUAUGCUCAAUACUCAAAAAUGGAUAUCGAUAAUGUUGCUAUGGUUUUCAGUCCUGGUCUUUUAAGAUCAACAGUUUUAACAACUGAUCUAUUAUUAAAUUCUCAAUAUGAAAAAGAUUUUGUUAAAUGUUUAAUUGAAAUGUCUCCAUAA